CAAACCCCAAGCUUGGACCCGGCCGGCGUGCAGCGGUCACGUACCUCAGACAGCAUCAAGCUCAAGUGCAUUUGUUCUGUGUGGCCCAUUUUAAAGGAUUUUGCCUUCAUCAACAGAAAAGCAGAGAGGAUAACUUUUUGGAAUUCAGCCUGAUGGGUCCUUUUUGACGUUACGAAGGUCAAUACUUAAGCAGGUUCAUUUAUCCUGAAGACCUCAGUGCGUUUAGCUCCUCAGGAUGUACAGCUUUAUUGGAGGGGGUUUAUUCUGUGCCAUCGUGGGCAACAUCCUGCUGGUGGUCUCCACGGCGACGGACUACUGGAUGCAGUACAGACUGUCCGGCAGCUUCGCUCACCAGGGCCUGUGGAGAUACUGCAUGUCUGGCAAAUGCUACACGCAGACCGACAGCAUCGCUUACUGGAACGCAACCCGGGCCUUCAUGAUCCUCUCAGCGAUGUCGUGUUUUGCGGGAAUCAUCGCAGGCAUCCUCUCCUUCGCUCACUUCUCCGCCUUUAAGCGAUUCAACCGUUCCUUCGCUGCAGGGAUCAUGUUUUUUAUCUCCACGCUCUUUGUUCUGCUGGCUAUGGCCAUCUACACCGGGGUGACGGUGAACUUCCUCGGGAAGCGUUUCAGCGACUGGCGUUUCUCAUGGUCCUACAUUCUGGGCUGGGUCGCUCUGCACAUGACCUUUUUUUGCAGGUAUAUUUUACAUGUGUGCCUACAGGAUGCAUGAAUGCCGCCGAGUGGCCGGCUCUCGCUAAAACGCAGGAGCAACAAACACUCAAGU